UAUACAAUUGCAGAGAUUGAAAAUAAAUUGGACGAAAUUGGGAAGUACGCAGAAUUGGAUGAUAUACCGUUGAAUGCAGAAGAAGAGCAACGUUUAGAGGAAUAUCUGAAUGAUAUUCUGUCGGAUCGUAGCCCCGAUGUAUCGAAGCUGAAUGACGAACAAGCGGAACGUUUACUCAAAUACGUCCACUUUCUUCAAAGUACUCUCCUCGACUCACAAGGCACUGCACUUCAAAACGUUCACACACGACCAAUAAAAAUUUAUUCUCUAUUCAUUGGUCCUAUGGCUUUAUCCAGAAUCGUGACUGAACAUUUUGAAAAGUGA